CUAGACAGCUGUGUUCAAUCAGAAACCACUUACAACUCCAGACGAUUCAACAGGGAAACUUCGGCGUGAAGUGCAGCCCCGCUCCGGCUCUCUCUAGCUUUCCUUCCUCCCCAGGAACCGGAGGAGCGGAUCUUCCUCGCUCCGCUGCCCGGGUUUCUUCCAGGGCUCGACGAAGCCCCUAGGGUGCGGGAUCUUGCUGGGAGGUGCCCUCCAGCCGGAUCAUGGGGGUCGGCGAGGCACCGUAGGAGUGGCGAGGCGGCGCCGCGGGUGGCACUGCCCCGGGACCCGGCGGUGGGCGCUCGCGGGCGGGUCCCCGCGCCGGCCCGGCCGCUGCAGCAGCUGCGAGCGCGCCACGCCACCCAGCUUUCUGCAGCAAUGGCUCGUCCGUGAAACGCGAGCCGGCUCGGGUCCUUUUCGGGGUGCUAGCAUCCUUCGUUUGGGCUUCACCACUGUCCAGGGUGAAAAUGGCUGUCUAGACUAAAAUGUGCCAGGAGGGACCGAGCGGUGGACAUCGAGCCUGUUAAGCCUAACUCACGAGCUCCGAGACCUGGAGGGGAGGAGGAGCUCGGCUCUGAAAAGUGCAGUCAUGAAUUCUGGAGUUGCCAUGAAAUACGGAAACGACUCCUCGGCCGAGCUGAGCGAGCUCCACUUGGCGGCCCUGGCAUCGCUCAAGGGAGAUAUAGUGGAACUCAAUAAACGUCUGCAGCAAACGGAGCGGGAACGGGACCUUCUGGAAAAGAAAUUAGCCAAGGCUCAGUGUGAGCAGUCCCACCUCAUGAGAGAGCAUGAGGACGUCCAGGAGCGCACGACGCUUCGGUACGAGGAGCGCAUCACGGAACUCCACAGCAUCAUCGCUGAGCUCAACAAGAAGAUAGACCGCUUGCAAGGCAGCACCAUCAGGGAGGAAGAUGAGUACUCAGAACUGCGAUCAGAACUCAGCCAGAGCCAACAGGAAGUCAAUGAGGACUCUCGAAGCAUGGACCAAGACCAGACCUCUGUCUCCAUCCCUGAAAACCAGUCCACCAUGGUCACUGCUGACAUGGACAACUGCAGUGACCUGAACUCGGAACUGCAGCGAGUGCUGACCGGGCUGGAGAACGCCGUCUGCUGCAGGAAGAAGAGCAGCUGCAGCCUGUCCGUGGCCGAAGUGGACAGGCACAUCGAGCAGCUCACCACGGCCAGCGAGCACUGUGACUUGGCUAUUAAGACAGUCGAGGAGAUCGAGGGGGUGCUGGGCCGGGAUCUGUACCCCAACCUGGCGGAGGAGCGGUCUCGCUGGGAGAAGGAGCUGGCUGGGCUGAGGGAAGAGAACGAGAGCCUGACCGCCAUGCUGUGCAGCAAAGAGGAGGAGCUGAACAGGACCAAGGCCACCAUGAACGCCAUCCGGGAGGAGCGGGACCGGCUCCGCAGGAGGGUGCGAGAGCUUCAGACUCGACUGCAGAGCGUUCAGGCCACAGGGCCCUCCAGCCCCGGCCGCCUCACGUCUGCCACCCGCCCGGUUAACCCCAGCACCGGGGAGCUGAGCACGAGCAGCAGCAGCAAUGACAUUCCCAUCGCCAAGAUUGCUGAGAGGGUGAAGCUGUCCAAGACCAGGUCCGAAUCCUCAUCGUCGGAUCGGCCAGUCCUGGGCUCAGAGAUCAGCAGCAUUGGGGUAUCCAGCAGCGUGGCAGAACACCUGGCCCACUCUCUCCAGGACUGCUCCAACAUCCAAGAAAUCUUCCAGACCCUCUACUCACAUGGAUCUGCCAUCUCUGAAAGCAAAAUUAGAGAGUUUGAGGUGGAAACGGAGCGGCUGAACAGCCGCAUCGAACACCUCAAAUCCCAGAAUGACCUCCUGACCAUAACCCUGGAAGAAUGCAAAAGCAACGCUGAGAGGAUGAGCAUGCUGGUGGGCAAAUACGAAUCCAAUGCCACAGCUCUGCGGCUGGCCCUGCAGUACAGCGAGCAGUGCAUAGAAGCCUACGAACUCCUCCUGGCGCUGGCAGAGAGCGAGCAGAGCCUCAUCCUGGGGCAGUUCCGGGCGGCCGGUGUGGGGUCCUCGCCGGGAGACCAGUCCGGGGAUGAGAACAUCACUCAGAUGCUCAAGCGAGCUCACGACUGCCGGAAGACGGCGGAGAACGCGGCCAAGGCCCUGCUCAUGAAGCUGGACGGCAGCUGCGGGGGAGCCUUCGCCGUGGCCGGCUGCAGCGUGCAGCCCUGGGAGAGCCUGUCCUCCAACAGCCACACCAGCACAACCAGCUCCACGGCCAGCAGCUGCGACACGGAGUUUACGAAGGAAGAUGAGCUCCGGCUGAAGGACUACAUCCAGCAGCUCAAGAAGGACAGGGCCGCGGUCAAGCUGACCAUGCUGGAGCUGGAGAGCAUCCACAUCGACCCUCUCAGCUACGACGUCAAGCCCCGGGGGGACAGCCAGCGGCUGGACCUCGAAAACGCAGUGCUGAUGCAGGAGCUGAUGGCCAUGAAGGAGGAGAUGGCGGAGCUGAAGGCUCAGCUCUACCUGCUGGAGAAGGAGAAGAAGGCCCUGGAGCUGAAGCUGAGCACCCGGGAGGCCCAGGAGCAGGCCUACCUGGUGCACAUUGAGCACCUGAAGUCCGAGGUGGAGGAGCACAGGGAGCAGCGUGUGCGGUCCCUCGGCUCCACCAGCAGCGGCGGCAAAGACAAAGGCGCCAAGGAGUGUGCUGACGCUGCCUCUCCAGCUCUGUCCCUGGCUGAACUCAGGACCACACACAGCGACAGUGAGCUGGCUGCAGAGUUCGCCGAUGCCAUCCGUCGAGAAAAGAAGUUAAAGGCCAGAGUUCAAGAGCUGGUGAGUGCCUUGGAAAGACUCACCAAGAGCAGUGAAAUCCGACACCAGCAAUCAGCUGAAUUCGUGAAUGACCUCAAGAGAGCCAACAGCAACCUGGUGGCUGCCUAUGAGAAAGCUAAGAAGAAGCAUCAAAACAAACUCAAGAAGCUGGAGUCCCAGAUGAUGGCCAUGGUAGAGAGACAUGAGACCCAAGUAAGGAUGCUCAAGCAAAGAAUAGCUUUGCUGGAGGAAGAAAACUCAAGACCACACACCAAUGAAACUUCACUUUAAUUGGCGCUCCGCCACCAAAGUUCUGCCCGAGGAAGCUACACCAUAGGUGAUCACCGGAGAGAAA